CAAUUUCCACAUUUACCACUGAUUUUGUAAAUCAAUCUGAUAAACCUCAAACCUCGGCCUGAAAAUUUAAUGGUGAGAAGAUGGAAAGAGUCCUCGAACUCUACGAACUUCAGUAUUCCGAUCUCAUGAAAUUGUGCUCCGACCAAAAACCGGCAUCAAACGAAGAAGUUGAACGGCUCAAAUUAAUUUCAGAAUCAAUAAUGCAAAACCUCGGCCGCGACGGGCCGGGCCUCCUGAGCAUCCACGGCGUUCCCGAAGCCCGAGCUCUCCCCGAAACACUCUUCCCUCUGGCCCGAAAACUCGCUCUUUUGAAUAACGAUCGCCGGAAAAGGAUUCUCAAGUUACAGGAUCACAAUUUGGGUAGUGACGUGUCACUGAAGAAUCUGGACAGAAUCGUGUCGUCUUUCGCGAUGCAAAUGAAGUACGAUCAAGAGUUCAGUUAUAAACCCAAGGGCGAUCAAACGGCCACGGAGUUUUCCGGUGGAGAAUUCAAGGAUCUAGGGUUCAAAUUUCAGCAAUUAGGGUUUUUGAUGAUGGAAUUAGGGCUCCGUAUCGCCCGAGUCUGCGAUGAGUCAAUUGGUGGUUGUGAGUUGGAGCAGAGUCUACUGCAAUGCGGCACGGCGAAAGGCCGAUUGAUACACUAUCAUUCAGUCACGGAUAUUUCCGCCAUUAAAACAGCAGCAAAGCAUGCCGGAGGUGGUAAAGUUAAUCCGAAGGGGGAUAUUUCAUCGGUCGAUGGUGACUCAAAUUUGUGGCAGCAGUGGCAUUACGAUUACGGAAUAUUCACUAUUCUGACGGCUCCGGUUUUUAUGUUGUCGGAGCAAGAAUGUGAAUCGCCAAGUGGACACACGUAUCUGCAAGUAUUUCACCCUGAGAUGAACUGCACACUCAUGGUGAAAGCUUCAAAGGGUAGCUUUAUUGUUCAGGUCGGAGAAUCGGCUGACGUACUAUCAAAGGGGAAGCUCCGAGCCACUCUCCAUAGCGUUGUUCGACCCGCUAAGAUGGAACAUUUGAGCAGAGAGACUUUUGUCGUGUUCUUACAGCCAGCUUGGACCAAGAGAUUCUCACUUUCGGACUACCCCGUUGACUGUUUAACUUUACGGGAUCAAGAUUCGGAAUCUUGUAACGGGGAAACAAAUGGGUUGAGUCGAAAAAUUCACGAGAUUGUUCCUCCUCUGUUUUCGCGGUUGAGGGAUGGGAUGACUUUUGCCGAGUUUUCGAGAGAAACUACAAAGCGAUACUACGGUGGUCAAGGUUUGCAGUCAAACAGAUAGGAUAAGGUAAUCAUACUAUGCUUUCAUUCAUUUUAUUGAUCUGUUAAUGUUUCUUUUCUUUUUUUAAUUGUUGGUUCUAAAUCACUUUCUAACAGCAAAUUUCAGAACAUAUCAACAAAACAUAGUCACUUUAACAGUUAACUACCCUUUUUCCAUUUUGUCAAAUGUAAUAACACUUUUCGAAAAGACUAAUUGGAAAAGUUGAGAUAGUAUUCAA